UACACACGAGCGAACAAAAAUAAAGAAUGCUCACGAACGUUCGUGUGCGACCCACCAUGCGACCGUAUAGACGACGUUCGUGAGCAUUCGCAAGCAUUCUAGAACGUUCGCUGAAUAGGUCGCAUAGACUCGCACGGCGAGCCGAUCACUGUCGGUUUUUCAGUCAUGCUCAAAGAAACACCGCGAGCAUUCGAGUCACCGUUUGGACGGUAAAUUAAUUCAAACGUUCGUUAUAAUAAAAUAAUUAAUAAAUAAGUACUUACAUUUUUAAAUUUUUUUAUUAUCUAUUUGAAAAUGGAUUGGGAUAGCAAAGAUUGCUUGAAUUUGAUUGAAUCAUUUAGAUUACAAGAAGUAUUAUGGAACUCAAAAAAUCCAUCAUAUUUUUCAAAAAAUGCCAAACAUGAUGCUUGGUGUCACUUGGCAAAAGAAGUGAAAAGACCGGUUGAGGAAAUUAAAAAAAAAAUACUAAGUUUACAGGGAUCAUAUCGUAGAGAAAAAGCGAAAGUAAAAAAAAGUUAUGGAACUGGAAAAGGUAAAUAUUAA